AUGUCUGGGACGUGGAUAGAAGUCCUCAUGACAAUCUUCUCCAUCUACUGCAUGUCCCCAUUGAUUAAGGACGUGCUCAUAUUCGAGUAUUCAGUCCUGUUUCCAACGAUGAAGGGAUGUCACAAUUGCAGAGAACUGGUUGCUUUCCUGGAUGAACAAACGAUGAAGAUGGUAGAGAGGACCGAAUAUGCAUUUGCCCCUACGUUUACCCAGUGCCAUUGGAUGAGGGAAGAGGCUCACGACCAGUGCGGAGCUUUCGGUAUCGUCUUCACAUUCUACAGCACUCUGAGAUCCUCCGAUUCGAUGGCUGUGAAAUACAUCACAUGCCCCCUCAAAGCGCUCCGUAUACCAUACGAUCCAUUACCAGAUGCGAUUACAUACGACGCUGGAUUCAUACAGUCCCUAAUUGCUCGCGACCUUGCCCCAGCACUAGGUCUAAGAUAUGCUGCUGGUCAUUGGCUCAAGCAUAUGCCCUGGUCACUGCUUUGGCAAACAAAGCCACAUUCUGGGGUGAAUAGAAUAGGAGAUUAUGUUGCACCAUCAUGGAGCUGGACUUCUAUCGAUGGCGAAAUCUUUUACGAAGAGCAAAAAGGUAUUGAUAAAACCGCAGGUCUGGCAGUCGAGAUCAACGAACCAAUUAUCAUUGAGCAGAUGACAUACAUGUACGAAACACCGUUCUCGGAUAAGUUGGAGAGUUUGGGCCCGUUUCCUAAGCCGGUUCCAGAUCCUGCGUGUGUUGUCGUCCUUGGUGUGGACGUUAACCUCGUCAACAAAACCGAUCCUUUCGGCCAGAUUACCAGCGGCGUACUCCAUCUUUCUGGGAAAUUGGUUACUCUCCACGUAGAACUUGAUGGAUCAAAAGAGAAGAUAUUACACGUCACUAUCAACGACAGCCUUGAUCUGUUUCCCGAUCCGGAAUCCCGAUCUCCAGAAAUCAGCUUGAUCUCAUUUGAGCCGGCCGAUAUGUCGCACCUUGAUGAGGAUCAUCCAUAUGAAGCCAAGGAGAAGAAGGAGAUUCGAAAGAUGGUGCAGGACUCGAAAGCGACCUUCUUUUUACGUACAAAACAAGCAGAUUUGCUUCUUGACGAAGAGAAUGCACUGACGCAAGGAGCGAGAUCGGCAUGCGAUACCCAGGUCGGAGUCAUCAGUGUAAGCAAGAAUCUGUUCUUUCUACCAGUCACUCAAAAGACACCCGACGACCCAAUGAUUGGUUUGCUUCUGAUGCCCAAAUCAUCCGGAAGUUUUGUACGCCUCGGAAUCAUGAAAGUAGAAAAGAAGAUCGCCGAGAUGUUUUCGAGCGUUUCGAAUCGUGAGACUCACAUCGUGUAG